UACCAAUGAAAAUUUUGUUUCAACCUUGAGCAAGAAAGAGAAAAAACGAACGUCAAAUCCGCCGCACUUAGAUUAGACUUCCGUAAACAAAAGUCAUUGACUGCUUUAUCGGGUCUGUGGGAUCAAGACAUUGCUUGACGCAUCGUUCCGCUAGCCCCUUUUUUGAUACUCUGUCUUUUGUGAAUGCCGUAAUAUUGUGUGCGAGUUUGUUACUUCUGAGUAUGUCAAUUCUGUUUACUACUAGAGACAACAGAAAUUAGCACAGAAGGUAUUCACAGCAGUACAAACGCAUAACAUUUUAUUCUCCUAUUUCUCAACGGUCAGUGAUUGAGAAUUUUCCUUUACAUUGAAGCAUUGUCUUAAGGUACACACACUAUCUUGCUUCCGCUAGACACACACGAUGACAAGGUCCACGGAAUGUGAUCAAAAGACCGAAGAUGGUCCUGUUAUUGUAGUGUCUGAGGCAUCUGCGAAGGAAAAAAUUUUAGUGGAAAAAGUUUCGUCUUGCGAAAGUGAUGUGCCCAUUGAAACAAUCCGCUUGAAAAAGGGUGUUGAAUACGAAAGUGAGAGCUCCGUAAAACGAUUUUUUAACAGCUUCCGUCGUUCCGAUGUGACUGAUUCAUUGGCUUUGCAGAGGAAGCUGAAGAGUCGCCAUAUUCAAAUGAUUGCCAUCGGUAGUACCAUUGGCACGGGUCUUUGGGUUGGAAGUGGUGAUUCUUUCGCCAAGGGAGGUGCGGCGUCCGUUCUCAUCAAUUAUAUAAUUGUCGGUACCAUGAUUCUGACGACUGUAUACUCGCUGGGAGAAUUAGCUGUAAACUAUCCAGUUCCUGGCAGCUAUCUUUCCCUCUCUAGCCAAUUCGUUGAUAGGUCUUGGAGCUUUGCUAUGCACUGGAAUUACAUCUUUGGCAGUUUAGUAAGCACGCCGCUUGAAAUCAUUACAGCUUGCAUGUGCUUAACAUACUGGACAAGCAUUAACAGUGGCAUUUGGAUCACUAUUUUCAUUGCGUUUUUUAUGUUUAUUAACAUCUUCGGCGUCAAAGGUUACGGUGAAAUUGAGUUUUUCUUGUCGUUCAUCAAAGUGGUUUCUAUAAUCGGCUUCAUCAUUCUGGGAAUUAUUAUCGACUGUGGCGGCAUUCCUACGGAUCAUCGUGGAUACAUUGGCACUCGCAUAUUCGAGAGUGAUGCGUUUAUCCAUGGCUUCCGUGGCUUCUGUGCUGUGUUUCUCAAUGCGACGUACUCUUACUCUGGCACUGAGUGUGUCGGUCUUGCUGCUGCUGAGACAGAAGAUCCGGCAAAGACUUUUCCAAAGGCAGUCAAACAGACGGUGUAUCGCAUUGCCUUGUUUUACAUCGUAGCUCUGUUUAUUGUGAGUCUUCUAAUUAGCGGUAAAGACCCAAGACUCGUUACCCUUUCGGGAAACAUGGCAAGUCCGUUCAUUCUUGCUGUUGAGGAUGCUGGAAUUAAAGCAUUGCCUUCUAUUCUUAAUGCAAUUAUCCUCAUUUCCGUUUUGUCCGCAGCGAAUGCCAUCUUUUAUACCGGCAGUAGAGCCAUUCAUUCUGCUGGUGUGAAUGGCUAUGGUCCUAAAUGGUUUUCCUAUGUUGACCGUUCUGGCAGACCUCUGGCUGCUCUUGCCUUGCUGUUUUUAUUUUGCGGUUUAGCGUAUCUCAGUGAAACAAACACAAAUUACUCUAUCUUCACAUGGUUGAUGGCUGUUUACGGCCUCGGAACACUCUUCAGCUGGGGCACAAUUAACCUCGUGCACAUCAGAAUGAGACUUGCAAUGAAGCGACAAGGUGUUUCAACAACGAACCUGAUUUAUGCAUCUCCGUUCGGAAUAUACGGUUCCUAUUACAGCUUAAUUUGGGUAAUAUUAAUGUUCAUUGCUCAGCUGUAUGUGGCCAUUUUUCCGUUCGGAGGAAAGCCUAAUGCUUCUUACUUCUUUCAGCAAUACUUAUCUAUGCCAGUCAUUAUAAUUAUGUUCUUAGUGCACAAGCUUUGGACUAAAACUCCUUGGCUGAAACUUAAAAACAUUGAUCUGGAUACGGGGCUUAAUCAGUCAUUUAACGUUCCAUUCGAACAGCCUCAGGAGAAAACAAAAAACGAACAAGAAGGUUUUAAGCGAAACCUGUCUAGGUUUCUGGAUUUUCUAUGCUAAAAAGCGCGGUGAUUCUGCGUAUUUAGCAUGGAUUUGUAUUUUUAGCAAUUGCUUUCAUUGGAUCUUUGUGUCCUUUUGGUUUUUCAAUGUUACAUAUGGUACCGGUUGUCUACGAUUUUUCAUCAUAGCACGAGAAGAAUAUUUCUACCUCGUGUUUCUUGUUUAUAAUUAUUAUCCCCUUCUCUUUGACUAGUAAUUCAACUUUCGAGUCUAAUGAAACCAGUGUCUAAACAAAGUGUGUAUGUGCUUUC